UCAAUUCUGCAAGUGGUUCUGAAUUUACUAUCGCUGUUCUCUAGCUGGUCUAAAACAGCUUUUGACCUAAAGGGACACUUUUUGGACGCCAUGGACGUUUCUCAGUUUCAAGGCAGAAAGAACGGUAAAAAUGCAGGCAGGGCACAGGACAAAGCACUCGGGACAAAAUGUAUGUGAAAUGGUUUGAUACAGGAAUGCAACUUUUUCACAUUUUUAAAUUUGCCGCCAGUUCUGUCCCCGUACGUCCUGACAUUGUAGGGAACGGAACCCGGAAGACAGAUGCCGACAUCCGCCGGAGGACAUUGCCGGGGAUGCUGCAGGGGGGACAU